GUCAAAGCGGUGUAUCGCGUGGAGAAAAAGCCGUCUUCUGCUCGGCCAUAAUGAUGCUUAUGAUCAUCACUGAGGCCCUCUGAUACUGUUGAAAAAAUGAUAAGAAAAAAAGUUGUCUGACAUGGAUAAGUAGAAUAUUGAUCUGAUAAGUAUACUUAUGGUGGAUAAAACCAGAUAGUGCAGAAUCAUAAUGUCAUUGGACAUGGCAAUUUGGAAGAAUGGCUUACGAUGUGGUGGGCCAUAACGCUGCAUCGUAUUGCAUGAAUAUGACAUAAAGCAAAUUCAAAUACGACGGAAACUACACGAUCUUUGAGGGGAAUCAUUACCUAAUUUCUAGUAAAAAAAUCAUGAUCGUUCAAGCGACUUUGUGCCGUGCAGCAUGCGAAGAUGCAGCUUCGUCUAUUUUCUACAACAGUUUUGAGAACAGAUAUAUGUGGUGGGCAGAACGACAAGCAGGUACCUACCCUUUCUUUGAGACAAAAACGGACAAUAUUUUUAUUAAAUGUAUGAGCUUGUACAAGCAAAUUAGUAAGGAGUUCACAUCUAAAAAUCAGAGACUACAAGUCAAGUGUUGAAAACAUUCUAGUUGUGACAAAUCUUGUGACUGAGAAAACAUGAUGACGGCUGUCUGGACCGUUAUCCAGCUUUUCUUAUGUUUUCUGCAUUUUGAGUCUGAGUGCUCUCUUUCUCCAUUCAACAUGAUUCCUUAAACACAAAAAAUUCUGCAAAAAAUCGAAUGACACACGGCACUGUCUGUCACAUCAUAAUUAUGAGAGAUCAUUUUCUUACAAGUUAUAUCGAACAAUGUGUCAAUCAAUCUCAAAUUAUCUGCGUGUAGGUGGCGUCGUGGUCUACAAAACUAGCCACUCCGUUUUUAUUUGUUUCCCUCGAAACCUAGAGGCACAAGUUGUUUCUCAAUUCUCACAUAAUGAGCCCUCAUCUGCUCUUUCCUGAGCAUCUUCCCUUUUCCUUCAGUAAUAAAAUGGCCGCUGCGCCAACCGAUCGAACCAAAAUUGCCAAUUACCUUAUUACUGUAACGAGAGCCUCAGACUUCUUUUCCAUGAACGAAGAAAUAACUCGAAAUUUGUCCUCCGACGAGGGCUUCCUGCCAUGCUGGACUCCGUGUGUAUUGAUCUUCAAGCACGCUCCAAUGAUCAAUCGAGGAUGUCUCUGUCGUUCAAGUUGGUUGUGUUAGUAUUGCUUAUCGAAGUUUUGCGUCAUUCGCGUCAUCUCUA